UGUCUUAAUUUGUAGCGCCAAAAAGUCUCUCUUCCGGUGUCAUUCAUGCUGAACCUAUAAAAACUCGGCUGGUUCCAUCUGUAGUUCUACCAAGUCAUUAACGAAUUAUCGAACGACUACACAACUUUACAGUACAGCGUUGCCCUAAAAUAUGUCUUCCAGGUAGAACCCAUUUACUAUGUGCCACGCAUAUCAAACCAGUAAAGUGUUGUAUCUUCUAUCAAGAUUGUAUGAAAGUUGACGUCGAAACUCGAGUCUGUUAAUCGUGGUCGAAAAGUGCACAGAGAGAAUGAUCUGCCUGUCAGUCUAAGUGAAGGGUUAGUGAAGGGUUUACAACACAACUCACAGCUGUCUAGGCCGUUGGGUCGAUUGUCGAGCAGCAGAUGCAGGGGGCGUACUAACAUGACAGGCUGUACUAGAAGUUUCUGCGAGCCCCUUGUGCGGUUUCCAUGUUCACCACCAGCAUCAGCAGGCCCAGUGCUCCGUUUUUCAACAUUUUUUUCAAGUUCCGCGGGUCGGGGAUACUACACUAACAUAAACUAGCUAGCAGGCUAGGCUAAAGCUAACGCUGUUCACAGUACAGAGCUGGAUAACAUAGAGGCUAACGGCUAGCUAGCUGCCUGCGGGGAUGUUCGGGUGUUUGGUCGCCGGAAGGUUGGUGCAGACGGACGCGGUGCAGAUCGCUUCGGACAAGUUCGUGUUCAACCUGCCGGACUACGAGAGCGUCAACCAUGUGGUGGUGUUCAUGCUGGGCACGGUGCCGUUCCCCGUCGGCAUGGGCGGCGCCGUCUACUUCUCCUUCCCGGACCCGGUGAGCGGCGGCCCGGUGUGGCAGCUGCUCGGCUUCAUCACCAACGACAAGCCCAGCGCCAUCUUCAAGAUCUCUGGGCUGAAGACCGGAGAGGGUGGCGCGCACCCUUUCGGCAUGAUGGCCCCUUCCUCGUCCCACCCCGUGGCCCAGGUCGGUGUGUCGGUGGAAGCUCUGGAGCAGCUGGCCCAGCAGAUUCCGGUGUCCAGCGCCGCCGUGUCCACUGUGGACUCGUUCCUGCAAUUCACCCAGAAGAUGCUGGACAGUCUGUACAACUUCGCCGCCUCCUUCGCGGUGUCGCAGGCGCAGAUGACGCCAAACCCCACAGAGACCUUCAUCCCCUCCAGCUGCAUCCUCAAGUGGUAUGACAACUUCCAGAGGCGGAUGGCCCAGAACCCGAACUUCUGGAAGACCUGAUGAGAGCAGGAGGACGUUAAAGACUCUGACCAAAGAGUAGACCUGCCCAGGACAUGAUCCACAGUGCCUACAGGUUCUAAUAAAGGUCUCUGCUAGUGUGCACGCAGUCCUGUGUCCCUUCAUCUGUGGCAAAUCCGUUUCUGCUCAGUUCACUGAUGAGACACCGUUAUAGGGUUUAUAAGCUGUAAUGAACCUUAAUAAGUCAUUCACGAAUGCUCUGCACAUCAUCCAGAACAGCCUUUGGGUCGCCAGGUUGUGGAAAACCUUGUUUUUGUUAUCUCAGACUCAUCAGGGAGAUUAAACGGACGACUUUUGAAAAACAGCUGCUUCGCAUAUGCACCAAAAAUCCAUUUAUAAAAAUGAUUAGAUAGGAACUUUAUUGCAGACUCAAGGUCCAAAUUCUGAACAAUAAAAAAAAAACAAAUUAUUAUUAUUCACAUUUUCAAUCAUAUCAGAUAAACAUUUACUCACUUUCUCUAUUCUAUACACAACAUCUGCUUCCUGUCCGUCCUGAAGAGGAGCCCCUCCUCUGUUAAGAAAGUCUCUUUCGGCUUUUCCUGUUUAGGGGUCGCCACAUCAAAUCGUCACACUGACGACUUGCAUGUUGACAUUUGGCACGUGUUUUACACCGGAUGCUCUUCCUGACUCUCCUCUGUUGCUCUUCCUUUAUACCCCCCUUGAAAGCCUUUAAGGGGGGUGUUCCUGAUCCAGUUCGAGGGUCUAAGGACAAAAGGUGUCAUAUGCAGUAGACAUUGCAAAACUCCUUCGGGUAAAUUUAUGAUACUGGGCCCUAUACAAAAAUGUGACUUGACUUAUUGAUUUGCAUUUUAUACUAGUCAUUCUGGGGGAGGAUUUUCCACAACCUGGCAACUCAGAAGUUCUAAUGAAUGGCCAGUGGGGUCUGGUCUUUUUAUUUAGAGAAAGGUUUCUGCACCAAGCCCACAGAGGAAACCUCCACUUUUUGUCCUUUAACUGAUUGUAGCCCUCAGUGUUCCAUUAAUGGAUUGUUAAGGUGGAGCUGUUUUUGUUAGCAGAGUAGUUUCACAUAGUUUCAUGUCCAAACUUUUUCAUAUGAUCAAAUGAGUGAAGUUGUUACAGAAGCAGCAGCUGAUCAGAAUAAAAACUGUGUAGAAGAAAGAGGAUUUUCAGUGGAAUCGUUGAAUAUUAGUUCUAAUAAUCAUUGGAGACAAAAAUGAGAACAGUAUUUUCAGGCUUCGUGUGCUUCAAAUGAAGCUGGGGGGUUGAUAUUUCAUACAGUUUUAUACUUAUAUUAACAAUGUUCUAAAGUACAAUCUUUGAAAACAAAAACACCCAAAUCAACAAGUUUUCUUUUACUGAGUUGAGACGUCUCACAUCAGCACAGAGUGACUCAUUUUGUUCUUUGGAUCUUGACUUAACAUUUUGUAAAGGUGUGUCCUAAUGGUACAGUGGCCCUGAGAGCUCAGCCCCCUGGACAACACCUGCAAACAG